CACCCUUCCAGUCAAUCAUACGCGCUACUUUGUAGAAGUUGUCAAAGAUCGGUGAGAUUUUUUUACUCAUUUUUUUUCAGUUGCGCGCACAGUGGUCAGAACUGAUCUGAAGCUAGUUGUUCGGGGAAGUAGGCGACUUUAUUCCUGCUAUGACUAACUUUGAUCACAAGCAAUAAAUAGCCUACAACUCGUGGUCGCUGACAGUCUAUGGAAAAUGUACGUAUACAAUGCGGUAUGAGUGAAGCGAAGUAGGCUACUAGACUACAAGAACAAGCAUUCAUGGCUACCGAUGAGUCAACAGUGAUAUUGUAACUUUUACUGAAGUCCAAAUUCGCUUCUAGGCUACAAAUGGGUUCCAUGUUUGAUCUGAGCGCUGCUGUAAGACUAUAUUUGCUGUCUUGUUUCGUUGUAUCUGUGGACUUCACUUUAGGCUUGGGACAAAGCCAAGAUACUGAAUUCACGUUUCUACUCCCUGCCGGUAGAACAGAAUGUUUCUACCAAACAGCUACGAAGAACGGAAGCUUGGAAGUAGAAUACCAGGUGAUUGCAGGUGCAGGCCUGGAUGUGGGCUUCACCCUGAUCUCCCCCAGCGGAUACAAGCUGGCAUCUGAGUUCAGGACAUCUGACGGCAUCCACACGGUGGAGCCUACAGAGGACGGAGACUACCGGCUGUGUUUUGACAACAGCUUCAGUAAGCUUUCUGAGAAGAUGGUGUUCUUCGAGGUGAUUGUGGAGGGCCAGCCUGGGGACGCCUGGGGCGAUGAAGAGUGGGCUGACAUGGCCGAGCCAGAGAGCAUGGUGGAGUACAAACUGGAAGACAUUAGGGAGACCAUGGACUCAGUGCACAGGCACCUGGAGCGGAGCUGGCAGCUUCAGACCAUGCUGAGGGCCUUCGAGGCCCGGGACCGCUACCUACUGGAGGACAACCUGUGGAGGGUCUCCUUCUGGUCCUCCUUGAGCCUCCUGGUCAUCCUGACCGUGGCCGUCACACAGGUCUACACCCUCCGACGCCUCUUCGACGACAAGAGGGUCUGCAAACCCUAGUGUCCAGUGGUAUCUUCCACCACCCCCACACUCUUCCCAGUGGUAUCUUCCACCACCCCCACAUCAUGCCCAGUGAUAUCUUCCAGCAGACCCACACAAGGCCCAAUGGUAUCUUCCACCACCCCCACACCCUUCCCAGUGGGAUCUUCCACCACCCCCACACCCUUUCCGGUGGUAUCUUCCACCACCCCCUUCCCAGUGGUAUCUUCCGCAAAGAUGCCAUAGAAGGGUGUUGCGACUAACAGGAACCUACUGUAAAGUAAUGGUCUCAGAGAUUGUAGAAGAGAGAGAGACUAUUGACAACUGUGAUGUGUGGUAAAUGCGGGACUGUUAGUAAGGAUUUAGUGAUGUUUGUGUGUGAUGAGCUUGAUUCAGCUUUUGAGUGGCAGAAAAGUGCAUGUUUGUACGUGAGUCAUAAACACUGUAUAAUGUUUUGACAAUUUAGUGUCAAUCUAUCAAACAACAAAUCAAUGCAAUAACAGAUCAUGUGGUUGUAUGUUUUUAACAUGGGAUCUUAAGAGUGACUUUACAAAUAUCAUUUAUUUAAUGACAUGGUUAUAACACAACUACAGCAAAAUAAACACACACAAAAAAAACAUUCUACUGUGAAAUAAAUUAAUUCUGGAGAAAGAGUAGCCUCGCAAAGCCACUGAUCCAUUUACAUUUUACAUUUUAGUCAUUUAGCAGACGCUCUUAUCCAGAGCGACUUACAGUAGUGAAUACAUACAUUUCAUUUUGAUUUCAUGCAUUUUUUUUUUUGUUGUACUGGCCCCCCGUGGGAAUCGAACCCACAACCCUGGCGUUGCACACACCAUGCUCUACCAACUGAGCCACAGGGAAGGCUCAGGAUCCCACAAGCUUACAUUAAAAGCUGCAGUGGUUAUCAGUCUGGUAAUUACGAGGCAAGAGAAAGAACUGGGCACAUGGGAUGGUUUUAUUGAAGUACAGAUAUUACAUUUUUAUUGAAAUGUAUAGUGUUUGACAGAGAUCUGGUGAGACGAAGCCAAAGAGUUGAGACAUUCAAAAAAUGAUUCCUGCCAGGAGAAUGUUGCAAAGUCAACCACAAGCAUAGUUGUUAUAUACACCUCCAACACCACAAAACAAGAUACAAUCAUUAAUUUGAAAAAAAAGAUUGUAUUUAUAAAACCAUAAAAUCUCAAUGAUCCAUUCCUUUCAAUUACAGGUACAGUAGUGCAAAUUUGAGUGUCAGAAGUGUGCAGAGAAAGAAAAUAAGGCAAUCUUAUUGGCUACCAUAAAACAGCACUGGAUUAAAGGCAUAUCGCAAA